GUUUAGCAACUUUAAAAACAAACCCGAUCAGCGGUGCAUAUGUUUGUAACAGCAUCGGAGUAGCCUAUUAACAGGUUGCAUUCCUGUGUCUGCCUACAGAUCCUACAAAAUAUGCGUCUUUAUCAAACCGCGCGCUUUAAAUACGCGUGCCUUGGAAAAACAGGGUUUAGUGUUAAGGAAUCCCUCAGAACACUGGGUGUUGGUUCAGGACGCUUGCUGGAUAAGUUUUCAUGCACCUCUGUGUCUGAAUCGUUUCGUCUGUCGAAGGUAAAAACAAACUUUUGGCAUGGGUGCAGACCGCUUGUUUAUCAACCACAUAGCAUUUGUAGCGCACACCGGAAAAAUGCUACCCGUGGAUAUUCAUCAAACCACGCACAUGAGGACGCUUUUGCAACGGCACGGGAUAAACCCGAAAGGUUUUGGAACAAGGCGGCAGCUGGGAUCACUUGGUUUAAACAAUGGACCCAUACUCUGGAUAAAACAGAUACAGUGUUUCCCAAAUGGUUUGUUGGAGGAAAGCUAAAUGUGUGUUAUAAUGCUGUUGAUCGGCAUGUGGAGAAUGGGAGAGGUGAUCAAGUGGCUGUGAUUUAUGACAGUCCGGUCACCAACACUAAACAGAUCAUCACCUACAAAGAAUUGCAGGAGCAGGUAUCCAGGUUGGCUGGUGUACUGGUGAAGCAUGGUGUGAAGAAGGGAGAUCUGGUGGUGAUUUAUAUGCCCAUGGUUCCUCAGGCCAUGUUCACCAUGCUUGCCUGUGCCCGUAUCGGUGCCACCCACAGCCUUAUAUUUGGAGGAUUUGCUUCCAAAGAGCUCUCCGUCCGUAUCGACCACGCUAAGCCCAAGCUGCUGGUGACAGCGUCAUUUGGAAUCGAGCCGGGCAGAAAAGUGGAGUACAUUCCCCUGGUUGACAAAGCUCUGGAGCUCAGCAGCCACAAACCACACAAAGUUCUCAUCUACAACCGUCCCAGCAUGGAUAAGGUGUCCAUGCAUCCUGACCUCAGCCUGGAUUGGGAGGAGGAAAUGGCCACUGCUCACCCUCACGACUGCGUGCCCGUCCCUGCACAUCAUCCGCUGUAUGUCCUCUACACAUCCGGCACCACAGGCACUCCGAAGGGUAUAGUCAGAGAUUCAGGAGGUUAUGCCGUGAUGCUAAACUGGACUAUGUCCAACGUUUAUGGAUUGGCUCCAGGCGAGGUCUGGUGGGCUGCGUCAGACUUUGGCUGGGUGGUAGGCCACUCAUAUAUCUGCUACGCUCCGCUUCUGCAUGGUAACACUACAGUGAUCUACGAGGGCAAACCGGUGGGGACUCCGGACCCUGGGUCGUUUUUUCGUGUGAUGUCUGAGCAUGGCACUGCUUCAAUGUUUACUGCUCCCACAGCUAUCAGAGCCAUUCGCCAGCAAGACCCUCAGGCAAAACACGGGAAACAGUAUCCGCUCAGCAGGUUAAGGAGCCUGUUUGUAGCAGGAGAACGCUGCGAUGUAGAGACUCUUGAAUGGGCCAAGAAACAUUUCGGAGUCCCAGUGCUGGAUCACUGGUGGCAAACUGAGAGUGGCUCCGCCAUCACUGCCUCUUGUAUUGGUCUGGGUUGCUCACUUACUCCCCCUGCUGGAACAGCAGGCAAACCUGUACCAGGAUACAAUGUGGCAGUGAUUGAUGAUGAAAUGCGGCAGGUGAAACCGAGGACUCUGGGAAAUAUUGUUGUAAAACUUCCUCUACCUCCCGGGGCUGCUCUUAGUCUCUGGCAGAAUGACAAGCUUUAUAAGGACCUGUAUUUCACCAAGUUCCCUGGCUAUUACGAUACCAUGGACGCAGGUUUUGUGGAUGAAGAAGACUUCCUGUACAUCAUGUCAAGGUCUGAUGAUGUCAUUAAUGUCGCCGGUCACAGGUUAUCCACCGGUGCCCUUGAAGAGGCUGUCCUCUCUCACACUUCUGUGGCUGACUGUGCUGUAGUGGGGCUUGAGGAUUCUCUGAAGGGACACGUACCUCUGGCUUUAUGCGUGCUUAGAAACGACUGCCAGAAGAGUAAAGAUAUCUUGGUGAAAGAAAUAGUGAGUUUUGUCAGGGACACCAUCGGCCCAGUGGCAGCUUUCAGGAAGGUUCUCUUUGUCAAAGUUCUUCCCAAAACUCGCUCUGGAAAAAUUCCACGAUCGUCUCUUGCUAAACUGGUCAACUCCAAGUCUUACAAGAUCACUCCCACCAUAGAAGAUCCAGAGGUCUUUAAGGACAUUGAGAAGAUAGUAAGAAAAGCUAUUAAAGGGACUGGUAAAAAUUCACCAUGAGAUGGGGACCAACACGCACUUUCAUACUGAGCCAUUUCCACCCACAGAUGUGAAAUUCUAUCAAACAUUUUGAAUAUUACAUACAGAAAAUAACUAUGAUACCAAGAAGACAUAAUGUCUUAAAGGGAUAGUUUACCUCAAAAUAAAAAUUCUGUCAUCAUUUACUCUUCCAAAUUCAGUUUUAUACAUAAGAGUUUCUGUAUUAACACAAACAAACAUGUUUUUAUACAUAAUGUUAAGCACACAUUUGACGGUACCCAUUGACUUCCAUAGUAUUUCUUUUUUCAACUACAGAAGUCAAUGGGUGCAUGAGGGUGAGUAAAUGGUAACAGAAUUAGCUAGCCCUUUAAUAUACCAUAAUAAUUUUAGUAGUCUCUAUAAAUUAUAGAAACAACCAUGACUUAAUGUGGACCAAAUACUGUAUACUAGUCAAUUUAAAAGCUCAUUUUUAGUCCCACUGGUAUAAGGAUAUCUCAUGGCAUGGUCAUAUUUCCCCCUAAAUAAAAAAAAUAUGAAGAUAAAAAUAAGGAAUUAUAUUUUGCAUAAAAAACUGAAGCCUGAUUUUAUACCAUUAAGUUUUUUGUAUUUUCAAUACACUUAAGCACAUUUUCCUAAAUUUCCAUUAGCGUAAUGUGUCCAAAAGCUUUUUAUCUGAUUAGAUUAAAUCAGUUAAUAUAGAUCAGCAUAAAUGCAUUACGACUAACUACAUGUCUAAAUGUUUUAGUUUAUACAUUGUGAUUUUUGCUAAGCUAAGCAGCUAAACUUUAAUUCUUUAGAUUUUGGGGUGAAAUCUGACUCGAGACAUUUUUCUUGUAUAUUCGAGUGAAUGUCACAACCCAAAUACAGCAAAUUUCACUGAACUGUUCAAUGUAAUGAUGUAUACUGUUAAUGUAAAGACACGCUUUCAUAAAAACA